UUGGCAACACUGGUAAAGAUUUCCCGCCAUGCCGGAGGAUUUGGAGCCGGGCGUCAUCAGGAAGCUAGACGAGGUGGUGGUCAACCGCAUAGCCGCCGGAGAGAUCAUCCAACGACCUGCCAACGCUCUGAAGGAGCUGCUCGAGAACAGUUUGGACGCCCAAUCGACGCACAUCCAAGUGAAUGUAAAAAACGGCGGCCUGAAGCUUCUCCAGAUCCAGGACAAUGGCACGGGCAUACGACGCGAAGACCUGGAAAUCGUCUGCGAGCGUUUCACCACCUCCAAGCUGGCACGCUUCGAGGACUUGGCCCAGAUAGCCACCUUUGGCUUUCGGGGCGAGGCCCUGGCCAGCAUCAGUCAUGUGGCCCACUUAAGCAUCCAGACGAAGACAGCAAAGGAGAAGUGCGGCUACAAGGCCACUUAUGCAGAUGGCAAACUACACGGACAGCCGAAGCCCUGUGCGGGCAAUCAGGGCACCAUAAUCUCCAUCGAGGAUCUGUUCUAUAAUAUGCCCCAGCGGCGGCAGGCAUUGCGUUCGCCGGCGGAGGAGUUCCAGCGCCUAUCCGAGGUCCUGGCCAGGUACGCUGUCCACAAUCCUCGCGUGGGCUUCACCCUCCGGAAGCAGGGGGAGGCACAGCCUGCGCUAAGAACUCCUGUGGCCAGUUCCCGGACAGAGAAUAUACGUAUUAUCUAUGGCGCAGCCAUUGCCAAGGAGCUGCUGGAGUUUAGCCAUCGGGAUGAGAUGUUCAAGUUCCAGGCCGAGUGUCUGCUUACACAGGUCAACUAUUCGGCCAAGAAGAGCCAGAUGCUGUUGUUCAUCAACCAGCGACUGGUGGAGUCGCCAGCUCUCAAGACCGCCGUGGACGCGGUGUAUGCCACCUACCUGCCCCGUGGCCAUCAUCCCUUUGUGUACAUGAGCCUCACGCUGCCGCCCCAGAAUCUCGACGUGAAUGUGCAUCCCACCAAGCAUGAGGUGCACUUCCUCUACCAAGACGAGAUCGUUGAGCGGCUCAAGGAACAGGUGGAGGCCCGUCUUUUAGGAAGCAACUCCACCAGAACUUUUUACAAGCAGCUGCGAUUGCCAGGAGCCCCAGACUUGGAUGAAACCCAGCCAGGAGACAAGACGCAGCGCAUCUAUCCCAAGGAACUCGUGCGCACCGAUGCCAGCGAACAAAAGCUGGACAAGUUCCUCGCUCCUCUGGUGAAAAGUGACUCUGGGCUGUCCUCCGGCUCCUCCCAAGAGGCUCCUCCGCUGCCCGAUGAGAGUUUUCGCGUGACGGCGACGAAAAAGUCCCGAGAAGUGCGACUAAGCAGCGUGCUGGACAUGAGGCAGCGUGUGGAGAGGCAGUGCAGCGUCCAGCUGAGAAGCACCCUCAAGAACCUGGUCUAUGUCGGCUGUGUGGACGAGCGGCGGGCCUUGUUUCAGCAUGAGACUCACCUUUAUCUCUGCAACACGCGAGCCUUCAGCGAGGAGCUCUUCUACCAGCGACUCAUCUACGAGUUCCAGAAUUGCCAGGAGAUCAGCAUAAAGCCCUCACUUUCGCUCAAGGAGCUGCUCAUGCUAGCGCUGGACAGCGAGGCUGCUGGCUGGACGCCCGAGGAUGGGGAUAAGGCUGAGCUGGCGGUCAGUGCCGCGGAGAUUCUGCAGAAUAAGGCUCCCAUUAUGCGAGAGUAUUUUGGUCUUCGCAUUUCGGAGAAGGGAGAGCUCGAGUCACUGCCCAGUUUGGUAUCCCAGCAUCGUCCCUGUGUGGCCCACCUGCCUGUGUACCUGCUGCGCCUGGCCACUGAGGUGGAUUGGGAGCAGGAGGCCAGUUGUUUUGAGACAUUCUGCCGGGAAACUGCUCGCUUUUACGCUCAGCUGGAUUGGCGGGAUGGUGGGAGGACGGCGGCAGGCCAUCCCAGAUGGACCAUGGAGCAUGUACUGUUUCCAGCUUUUAAGAAGUAUCUUCUGCCAUCUCCACGCUUAAAGGAUCAGAUUUAUGAACUCACCAAUCUGCCUACGCUUUAUAAAGUGUUUGAGAGAUGUUAAUUAAGUUUUGAGAAGUAUAAAGUAUUAUGUUUGAAUUUAAA